AUGCGCACCAGAAAUACUUCAAGGGUCGUCGAGUGGUUUCUAGUGGUCGAGUCUUCUUCCUUCUUGGAGGGUGCUAGUGGCUUGCUUUCUUGGAAUGGGAGUUCGUCGAGUUCACAGCAGGUGAAGAAGAUCGCCAACUUCUUGAAGAAGCACGCCUGGGACAUCAUCCAGAACGUCUUGUCGGCGGCUCCCGGAGACCAGAAGGAGGGCCACAACAACGAGCUGGACUCAAAGGCGGCCGACACCGUCGGCCCCUACAUCUUCAGCCUCUCCGUCGGCGCGUCGGUCCUGCAGAACAUUACCGUGUGCGUCCUGUACUACGGCUUGCCUGCCUCCGCCGGCGACCAAAUUCGAGCCAGGGGCAUCGGACACCUUCUCCGCGCUUCCCUGCAGGAGCCAGAUGUGCCCGAACGUGAUCAGCCAACAGUCGCUGAGCCCGCGGACAACUGCUCGUACCUCGUGCAAUACAACGACUACAUCAACACGACCGGCUACCUCGCCACCGACACGUUCACGUUCGGUCAGACUCUGGUCCCGGACGUGGUGUUCGGCUGCAGCGAGGCGAGCUUCGGUGAUUUCUCCGGCGCAUCCGGCGUCCUGGGCUUCAGCAGGGGGGACCUGUCCCUGGUGUCGCAGCUCCAGCUCUCCUGGUUCUCCUACCUCCUGCAGUUUGGGGAUGACGCCGUUCCGCAGACGGAGAACAGCCACUCAACUGCUUUUCUCAAGAGCAGCGUAUACCCUAACCUUUACUUUGUCAGGCUCACCGGCAUAAUGAUCAACGGCCGGCAGCUCAACGGCAUCCCUGCAGGAACGUUCGACCUCCAGGAAGAUGGCACGGGCGGGGUGUUCCUGAGCACGACCGUCCCGGUCACGUGCCUCGAGGAGGCUGCGUACAACGUCGUCAAGCAGGCAUUCGUUAGCCGGAUCAAGUCGGAAACUGUGGACGGCUCGGCGCUUGGCCUUGACCUCUGCUACAGUUUGGAAUCCGUGGAUAAUAUGACCGUCCCGAAGUUGACGCUGGUGUUCGACGGCACCAACGCGGCCAUGGAGCUAAAGAAGCACAACUACUUCUUCGCGGACACCACCACCGGCCUGGAGCGCCUGACCAUCCUACCGUCUCGGGGCGGAUCGCUCCUGGGCAGCUUGCUGCAGACGGACACGAACAUGGCCUACGACCUCGACGGUGGGCAGCUCCUCUUCGAGACGGCGUUUGCGCCGCCGCCACACUUGAAGGUGUCUCUGAUGGUAGUAGUCCAUUUGGUAGCAUGGGUGCUGCUGUUUUAGCCUGUGCCGGAAGUUGCCCAUGCUUGCUGCAUCUACAUAAUCUCUAGGUUUCUUCCAUAAAGCAUAUAUGUAUAUGUUUCUGCUUAUUGAUAAUAUAUAAAAUGGGGACAUGAAAG